AUGGCCCCGGGCAUGUCCAUUGAAGAGCCCGUCGUCCCCGGGCGACCCCUACCGGAGCCGUAUUACUUUGAGCAUGGUCUUCGUCGCGUCAAGCCCUACUACUGGGAAUACCACACGUACUGCAAGCAGCGGUGGCGGGGCCGCGAGCUGGUCGACAUCUUCACGUCCGAGUUUCGCGAUCGCCCUGAAGAGUACUACCGGAAGGCAAGGUCAAAGUCGACGGCAAAGUCGCCGGCCCCGCACCGCAUCCUCAAAAACGGCGAGAAGCUGCAGCACACGCUGCACCGGCACGAACCACCGGUGACGGGGCUCCCCAUCGGCAUCAUCCACGAGGACGACGACCUGCUGGUGAUCGACAAGCCGGCGGGCGUGCCCGUCCACGCCGCCGGCCGCUACCACUACAACUCGAUCAUCGAGAUCCUGCGCAAUGAGAACGGCGUUGAGUGGAUGCCGCGGCCCUGCAACCGGCUCGACCGGCUCACCUCGGGCGUCAUGUUCAUCGGCAAGACGGCCAAGGGCGCCGAGAAGAUGUGCGCCAAGCUGCAGCAGCGCACCGUGCAGAAGGAGUACAUCGCCCGCGUCAAGGGCCGCUUCCCGGAUGGCGUCGUAAUCUGCGACCAGCCCAUUAUGCAGGUCAGUCCGAAGCUGGGGCUAAACCGCGUGCGCGCGACGGGCAAGGACGCGAAGACCAAGUUCCGCCGCAUCGCAUACUACCCGCCGGCUGCCCCGGCAGCGGGCGAGGAGGACAGCCAGGGAGAAGGGGAGGAGCGUGCGGCAACACCGCCGCCCGCGCUGGCCAACGAAGACGAAGGCUACAGCAUCGUGCACUGUCUGCCGCUGACGGGGCGGACGCACCAGAUCCGGGUGCACCUGCAGUUCCUGGGCCACCCGAUCACGAACGACCCGAUCUACUCGAACCGGCGGGUGUUUGGCGAGGAGCUGGGCAAGAACGACAGCUCGGGCGAGCGCGACGAGGAGAUCAUGGAGAAGCUGUCGGCGAUGGGCAAGACGGAGGUGGCCGAGGUGCUGGAUGCCACGAGCUACCGCACGCUGAUCACGACGCCGCCGGCGGUGCCGCCGGGCACGUCGACCACGACGAUGGAGAUGAUCAUGUCGCGCGAGCAUGAGGCCGCCGUCGAGGCGUACCACAAGCGCAAGGGCGAGCGGCUGUCCGGCGAGACGUGCCCCGACUGCGGCACCGAGCUGUACACCGACCCGGGCGUGCACGAGCUGGGCAUCUUCCUGCAUGCGGUCGCGUAUGCCGACACCCAGGGCGACUGGAAGUACCGUAGCAAGAUGCCCUCGUGGGGCCUCCCGCCCAAAGGCUUCGAGGGACCGCGUGAGGCGCCCGAUUGGGUGCCUGUGCCGGAGAGCGAGGAGGUGGUGAUCGGGUGCGGUGCUGUGCCGGAGGGCAUGGAGGAAGAGGACGAUGGGAGGAAGAAGAAUGCGCCGGUGCUGCUGCGGGGCGUUGGGAUGGUUGAUCUUUCUGCGUAUGAGAAUGGGGUAGAGACGGCGACUACAUAG